CACCAGUUUGACUAUACAACACCAAAUAUAUCACCAGCUUCCUUAAUCCUUCUCCAAACCAAAUGACGCUUCACCAAACCAAUUUGUGUGCAUCCUCGUCUUUUUGCAUAUACCUUCAUCUGAUGAUUCAUCUCUUUCUCAUUUUCCUACUCUGCUUGCAACCCACUAUUAUUGCCGCUGCUCCAACAAAUGAGACUGAUCGUUUCGCUUUGCUCAAAUUCAAAGAAUCUGUGUCUCAAGAUCCCUAUAACAUAUUGAGCUCAUGGAAUGACUCUAUGCACUUCUGCAACUGGAUAGGAGUCAAAUGCGGCCGUCGGCACCAAAGAGUCACAGUCUUAGACCUACAAGGCCACAAGUUACGUGGAACUCUAUCACCUUACAUCGGCAACCUCAGCUUUCUAAGGUCCAUCAUCCUCCAGAAUAAUAGCUUUUAUGGCGAAAUUCCAAAAAAAAUUGGUCAUUUGUUCCGACUGCAACAACUCUAUCUUUACAAUAACACAUUGGAAGGGGAAAUACCAUCCAGCUUGUCCAACUGCUCCAAUCUCAGGCUCUUAGAUCUUUGGGGGAAUAAGCUUAAAGGGAAGAUUCCAACAGAGCUAGGCUCUUUGAUGAAACUCAAAUCACUUCAGCUUGGCAAGAACAACUUGGUAGGAGGGAUCCCACCUUCUCUAGGAAAUCUUUCUUCACUCACAGAUUUCGCUGUAGCGUACAAUAAUUUGGUGGGAAAUAUUCCAAAUGCCAUAGGCCAAUUAAAUGGCUUGGUAAUUUUCACAAUUACGUCUAAUAAAUUGUCAGGUACGAUCCCUUCCUCUCUUUACAAUGUGUCGUCUCUCCAAAUCUUUUCAGUUUCAAAAAACCAACUUAAUGGCACUCUUCCAGCCAACAUAGGCCUAAAUCUUCCAAAUCUCCAAACUUUCUAUUUUAGUAAAAAUGAGUUCAGUGGGACAGUCCCUACUUCAUUAUUCAAUGCAACUCAGCUUCAAGAAAUUGAUUUAGGUAAAAAUAAGUUUUUGGGAUCAAUUCCAACAAAUUUGGGAAAUUUGCUAAAUCUUUUAUAUCUUGAUUUCAGUGUCAAUUAUCUAGGAAAGAGCCUCCAUUUCUUAACAUCGUUGACAAACUGUGGUAGACUUCAAGAAUUGGAUUUUGCUGUAAACCAAUUUGACGGUGUUCUGCCCAAUUCUGUAUCAAACUUGUCCACCCAGCUCACUAAAUUAUAUCUUGGAAAAAAUAAAAUAUCUGGAACUAUUCCUGGAUCAUUAAUAAAUCUCAUUAACUUAAUUGCCUUGGGCUUAAAUGAGAAUCACUUCACAGGCAUCAUUCCUACCACUUUUGGGAAGUUUGAGAAGAUGCAAGCAUUGGGUUUAUUUGGAAAUAGACUAUCGGGAGAAAUACCAACCUCCAUAGGCAACCUUACUCGGUUGUUUAUAAUUGACUUACAUGAUAACGGAUUUGAAGGAACCAUACCUCCAAGUUUAGUAAACUCCCAAAAUUUGCAAAUCUUGGACAUUUCACAAAAUAACCUUAAUGGAUCCAUACCCCAGCAGCUUAUAGGUACUUCUUCGUUAUCACUAUUAUACAUCUCUUUAUCUCACAACUCACUCUCGGGAACACUACCAUUUGAAGUAGGUAAUCUGAAAAAUAUCAACGAGAUUGAUAUCUCUAACAAUAAUUUUUCUGGUGAGAUUCCUACAUCUAUAGGAAAUUGUUUGGUCUUGGAAUAUCUUUACCUGCAAGGGAAUUCCUUUCAUGGUGCCAUACCAUCAUCUAUGGCUUCUUUGAAAGGUCUUCUAGAAUUAGAUGUUUCACAAAAUAACCUAUCAGGGCCCAUUCCAGAGGGUUUAGAGAAGCUGCUUUUCUUAGAAAAAUUGAAUCUCUCAUUCAAUAAUUUUGAGGGCAAGGUACCAAUUGAAGGGGUUUUCAAAAACAUAGGUGCAGUAUCAUUGGUUGGAAAUACUAAACUUUGUGGAGGUAUACCAAAAUUGCAGUUGCCAAAAUGCCCUGUAAAUGUUAUGAAACCAAGAAAAUCCAUUGGAUUCAAAAUAGCAAUUGUAAUUAUUUCUAUUGUUCCAAUUUUCCUUUUGUUUUCAUCUUUUCUUGUUUGGAUUAAAAAUUCAAAAAAGAAAUCACCUUCAAUGGUUUCAACAUUGGAACUCCUUCCAUAUGUUUCAUACAAAGAACUCUAUCACGCAACUAGUGGAUUUUCUCCAAGUAAUUUAAUUGGAUCUGGCAAUUUUGGCUCUGUAUACAAAGGACUUGUUCAUCCAGAAGAAAGAUCAAUUGCUGUAAAGGUCCUUAAUCUUCAACAAAAAGGUGCUUCCAAGAGCUUUAUGGUUGAAUGUAAUGUCUUAAGAAAUAUUCGGCACAGAAAUCUUGUUAAGAUAUUAACAUGUUGCUCUAGCAUGGAUUACAAUGGGAAUCAAUUCAAAGCUCUAGUAUUUGAAUUCAUGACAAAUGGAAGCUUAGAUUUUUGGCUUCAUCAAGGGCUAGACAAUGAAAACCAAUCAAGGUACUUAAGCCUUCUUCAAAGACUAAAUGUUGCAAUUGAUGUGGCUUCUGCAAUAGAUUAUCUUCACAACCAUUCUACGCAAACAAUCAUUCAUUGUGAUUUAAAACCAAGCAAUGUUCUUCUAGACAAUGACAUGGUUGCUCAUGUAAGCGAUUUUGGUUUAGCAAAGCUCCUCCCAAUCAUCAAUGAUUCUUUUGAAAAGCAAACUAGUACAAUUGGGAUAAAGGGAUCAAUUGGUUACAUUGCUCCAGAGUAUGGCAUGGGUGGUGAGGCAUCAGUAGAGGCCGACUUGUAUAGCUAUGGUGUAUUACUAUUGGAGAUGUUCAUAGGAAAGAGACCCACUGAUAACAUGUUUAAAGAUGGUCUCAAUCUCCACAAUUUCGCUAAGAUGGCAUUGCCUGAAAAACUUGUUCAAAUUGUUGAUCCAAUCCUUCUUCCAAGAGAAGUUCAUGAAGCUCCAACAGCAAUAGUGGCAGCUAGAAAAUAUAAUAAUGGCAAUGAAAUUCAAGUAGACGUGGGAGCUGAAGGUAUUGCAAACUUGUGCCAAAUGGAUCCCAAUUUGCAUAAAUGCUUAGUAUCAAUCCUUGAAAUUGGACUUGCAUGUUCAAUGGAGUCACCAAAAGACAGAGUGAAGAUGAAGGAAGUUACCAAGGAACUACAUUUGAUUAAAAGUGCUUUUGUUGAUUCUACUAUACACAGACGUGAAUUUAGGAGAAUCCAAGUUUAAGAGCAAGAAACUAUCAGAAGAGGUCAUUGAAAGUGUGAAACUUCUUUCAAGUUCCCGUUGAGCAUAUAUAGGUGUGCUAGUUCAAUCUCCUUUGCCGAAAUGUUUGAAAUGAUUUCCUUAUAUUUUCUUCUUUGGGAUAUGGUAGUCCUACUUGUGUAUGCAUAUCGUCACUUUUUGACUGUACAAGCAUGUUGAACACUCUACUAUAGGUUCUGGUAUAGUGUGUAUGUAUUUUGUUUUCUAUUGAAAAUCAAUCCUACUACAAAAAACCCUUUUGUGUUGGGAAUAUCAACUAUGAUGCUUUUAUUU